AUGGCACCUAUCCGCGUCGGCCUUAUCGGCCUGUCUUCAAGCAAACCAGAUAGCAUGACAGUAGGCGCCUGGGCUCAUCUAGCUCACCUCCCAUAUCUACUAUCUUCACCAGACUACGAAAUUGUUGCACUCGCAAACUCAUCUCAAGAGGCAGCUGAGAAGGCCAUCAAAGUAUACAAUCUMCCAGCCACAACCAAGGCAUACGGCAGUCCAGAAGAGAUUGCUAAAGACCCCGAUGUUGAUCUCAUCGUCAUCAGUGUUGUGGUUAUGAAGCACUAUCAACUCGCCAAACCGGCGCUACUAGCUAAGAAAAACGUCUUUGUCGAAUGGCCUCUGGGAGCUAGUCUUGCUGAGUCUGAGGAAUUGGCGGCAUUGGCAAAAGAGAAUGGUGUCAGGACUAUAGUCGGAUUGCAGGCGCGCGCAGAUCCGCUCGUGGAUAAGCUGAAGGAGUUAUUGGAAUCAGGCCAAAUAGGUAACAUAACGAGCAGUUCUGUUUUGGGACCUAUGAGCGGCUUGCCGACGGACUCUUGGUUUGAUGGUGGCGAGUAUUAUUUGGACAUGAAGAACGGUGGUAAUAAUUUCAUGAUAUUUUUCGGUCAUUUCUUCGACUCCUUUACACAAGUCCUUGGCGAAUUCGUCGAACCGCAUUCUAUCCUCAAAGCCGCCCGAACCAAGAUUGCGAUUCGGGGUAGCGAUGGUAGUAUCAAAGUACCUGAGUACCCUAAGAACACUCCUGACCAUAUCCUGGUCCAAGGGGUGCUCAAGGACAGCGGCGCAGUAGCUUCGAUCUGCUCCAGAGAUCUCAUGCAUACCGUGGAUGGCAUCGGCCUUCGAUGGUUGAUCACAGGCACCAAGGGCGAGAUAGAGGUUACCGCACCGGAAGGACAAUGGCAAAUGUCAGAUCCAGGAAGAAAGCUGCGACUCAAAAUUGGUCAAAAUGAAACUGUCGAGGUCCCCUAUGCAAAUAAUGCGGACAAGAGCUAUCUCGAGCGGCUGAGCAUCAAUGUUACUGGAGUGUAUGAGGCGUUCUUGAAAGAUGAUCAAUCACACUAUGCGACUUUUGAUUCGGCGUUGAGGACCCAUGUCUUGUUGGAUGAGAUUUUGAAGAGAUCUGGAUUCAAUGCCUGA